UUAAUUUUGCUUCGUGUUCUUUCAAAUACUGGUGUCCUCUUUCCAUGCCCCCAACCUUUAACUUAAAACUUUUAUUUCUCUCUCUCCCUAUAAAAGCCUGCUCCAUACGCUUCUCGAGAGAGACAGCAAUGGCGAAGGAAUUAGCAGCAGCUCUGAUUUUCACAUUAUGGCUGCCGGCCAUGCUGUUGUGGACUUCCGAAUCUGCAUCACCAAGUACAGUUCACCUCUCUUCUCCGGCGCCGGCGGCUCAGGUUUCCGGCCGGAGCCGCCAUUAUAACCGCCAUUUGGCUAAAUUACAGAAACUCAAGGCCUCGCUUCCGGUUCGUCGUGAUUCACUCUCCAUUGCACCGACGCCAACACCACCAAGUUUUCAGGCACCAGGUGGCGCUCGUGUGUAUCACGUGACGGCGUACGGAGCGGAUCCGACGGGCAGAGUUGACAGCACAGAAUCGCUUCUCCGGGCAUUAUCGGAUGCGUACGGAUCUCCCGGUGAAGGGUGGCUGAUGGACGGCAUCAGGAACCUGGGAGGCGCUCAUAUCAAUCUGGACGGUGGAAAUUACUUAAUCAGCCGUCCCUUGCGCUUACCGGGUGCCGGCGUAGGCAACAUUGUGAUACAAGGUGGAAGCUUACGCGCUUCAGACGAUUUUCCUUCUGACGGUUACCUGAUAGAUUUGUCGCCGUCGUCUUCGUCGUCGCCGUCGUCACCGGUGGCGAAAAUCAAGAAGCAGAAAGAGAGAAAGUCCAUGGAAGUCGUGAAGCUCGCUUCUUCUUCAUCCUACAAUUACGAGUACAUCACUUUCAGAGACCUUCUGUUGGACUCCAAUUACAGAGGCGGCGGCAUUUCGAUCAUCAAUUCCUUAAGAACAAGCAUAGACAAUUGCUACAUCACACAUUUCACCACCACUGGAAUUUCAGUUCAAAGCGGCCACGAAACCUUCAUCCGCAGCUCCUUCCUCGGCCAGCACAUCACCGCCGGCGCCGAUCCCGGAGAGCGAAACUUCUCCGGCACCGGAAUUAGCCUCAUCGGCAACGAUAACUCCGUCACCGACGUCGUCGUUUUCUCCGCCGCCACCGCAAUCCUCGUAUCCGGCCAAGCCAACAUCCUCACAGGCGUACACUGCUACAACAAGGCCACCGGAUUCGGAGGCACCGGAAUUUACUUGAAGUUACCGGGGCUUACGCAGACGAGAAUCGUGAACUCGUACAUGGAUUACACCGGAAUCGUGGCGGAAGAUCCAGUUCAGCUCCACAUUUCGAACACAUUCUUCCUCGGCGACGCGUCGAUUACGUUGAAAUCGAUCAACGGCGUGGUGAACGGAUUGAACAUCGUAGACAACAUGUUCAGCGGAUCGGACAGAGGAGUUCCGAUCGUUAAACUGGACCAAUCGAAAUCGGCAUUCAGGGAAAUAAAUCAGGUGGUGAUCGAGAGGAACAACGCGAGGGGAAUGCAGAUAAAAUCGACAGCGGCAAGCGCAGAAUCGCAAGGGAAUGGAACGUCAUGGAUUAUAGAUUUCAAUCCGAUUCUGUUGUUUCCAAACCUGAUUAGGAACGUGCAGUACUCGUUCCGGAGCAGCGGCGAGGGAUUUCCAAAGCACGUGGUGAGAAACGUGUCGGAGAAUCGGGUGGUGAUCGAGUCGGACGUUGCGGUGGCCGGAAGCGUGUUCGCGACGGUGGAUCAAGGGCACAGGUUCUCUGUUGUCUUUUGUGAAGAGAAAUAGAUUGUUUUUCUUUGGUGCUAAGGAUGAAAGAAAGUGAGGGGACAGUGAGACUUCCCUUUUCU